AUGUUAUCAAUGGAUCAAUUGUCGCUUCUAGUACAGGACCAUCUUCACGACAUCCAACCUGCCAGGCAUUACCACAAGUGGACUAUUAAGUCGUCAGACAUCGGUGGCCGCGGCCUUUUCGCCACUGAAGAUAUUAAGGCAGGUGAACUACUAUUCGUAGACCAUCCACUUGUUUACGGCCCGCGAUCGGGAACUACGAUCCAACAAGGAUGUACUGUUUGUGGGAAAAUGGACAUUGAUACAUUGUUCCGCUGCAAUAAGUGCGGCUUAUUGUUAUGCUCCCACCAGUGUCAGAAAAGCAAUACACAUUACGACGAUUGUAUUGUAAUUUCCGGUUGGUGCAGCAAAGUCUCUAUUGAAAAUAUAAGUGAUACGUUGCUAUCAAGAUGCUUGGCUCCUAUAAGGACGUUGUCAUUACCGGAAGAUCAACAAGAAUUAUUGAGAGCCCUCCAAGCUCAUACACUUCCUCAACAUGGAAGCGAAAUAAAGGAAUUAAAAGAGUAUUUUGAUUUAUCAUCGGAGGAAGAACAUUUAUUGACAUUAGCCGUCUGUAUUCUUGAUGCAAAUGCAUUUCAAAUAGCCGUUCCUUAUGGCCGAAAGGAAAUGAGUAUGCGGGGAUUGUUCCCAGUGUCGUCUUUGAUGAAUCAUAACUGUGUGCCGAAUACAAAGUACUAUUUCAAUAAGGAGUGCCAUAUGAUAAUAAAGGCUGUUAAACCUAUUGCGGCCGGUACUGAAAUCUUCACCUGCUACUCUGGGUUAUUAUGGGGAACACCUGCCAGACGUCUACAUUUAUUUAAAACGAAACAUUUUUGGUGCAAAUGUGAAAGAUGCACUGAUGCAACGGAGCGAGGAACUUUUUUAGCAGCUCUGAAAUGCUUCGAUACAAAUUGUUCUGGUUCCCUUCUUCCUAUAGAACCGUUAAAUCCUACGUCAGCAUGGCGUUGUCUUACUUGUGGACUGAGGGUGCCAAAUAGUAAUAUCUCCGCAAUCCAAAGUGCACUCGGGAGUUUGAUUGGAUCGUUGAAUUUUGAAAAUGUAGCUGAAUUAGAGAAGUUUUAUAUGAACAGGGUUUAUAAGUAUAUACCGAAAACUAAUCAAAUUGUAGUGGAUCUGCAGUGCCGGUUAAUUUGGGAGUUGGGAGAAGUGGAUGGCUGCAGGUGGCAUGAGCUGUCGGAAUCCCAGCUGGCACUGAAGGAGAGUCUGUGCCGCGGUACCCUGGUAACCGUGGCAGCUCUCGGAUUGGGAGACACUCACCUUCGAGGCCUGCUACUGUACCACCUCCAUGCUGCCCUGGCAGAGCGCGCCCGGCGCUUUCCUGACUUAUAUGAGGAGCUCAAAGCCGAAAUCGAAUGUACAAUCGAACAAUCUUACAAUAUCCUAAAAGGUGAUAUUUCGUCACCACCAGAUUUGGAACUACGGCGCCAGUACCUUGGACCCGGAAGUGACAAACCUCAUGAAGAGAGGUUUUUCAUUUUAGAUAAAUAG